CGUGCUUGUUCCCUGCGAGAAAUAAACGUCUCUAAGAUAUCAUGGGAACAUCCUCGCGAUAGCGAAAGUCAGCUGUCUCGCCGUCGUGACUUUGUGUUUAUGGACUGGGGGAGAGCCAGGGUGUUGGGCAUGGUGGGUCAGACCGUCACGUUUGUGGCGUCGCUCGUGGCCUGGUCGGCGGUGAGGAAGUGCGGCACAUGGUCGGAGGCGCUGGUAAGAAGGCUCAAAUCUGCGCGCGGCGGCCCCAUGAGCAUGCCGGGACCCACGCUGCUGGUCAUGGCGCAGCCCUGCCACGUCUCCUCCACAACGCUGGACUGCAGCCGCUGGGCGCGCGAGCUCAUCUGGCUUGCGGCCGCCAACCAGACACACCCUCGACGCCGCGUCAUAGUGCGGCCCGGAGGCCACGUCUCUGCUGCCGCAGCCGCACAGCAGCGCCAUGCAGGUGUCAGUGCGGAAGCGGACGACGAGGAGGUGGACGUGCAGGCGGUGGAGGAGGAGGGCGCGGUGGCGACAAACACCAGCAGAGACUGCGCGAAGCCGGCGCCCGGCGUUGAGGGGGCCACUCGCCAUUAGCUAGGCUCUGCCGCUCCUACCGCAGUCGCCGCAGUCGCUGCCGGCGCAGCGCACAGCGGCAGCGGCCUGCAUACCGGCGGCGGCGCGGGCGGCUAUGUCAGCGUUGGCGGCGGCAGCGGAGGCAAAGGCAUAGGCGCUGUGCCAAGUACAGCGUCGCUCCUUGUCCCGCCCCAUUAUCCCCGCCAGCUCCCUUCACCUGCUGUCGCUGUCUGCCGGCAAUGCCCAUCUCGCCCUGCUGCUGCGCCGCGCCGCCGCAGCCCGCCGGCCUCUCGGGCGUCGGCGGCACCUGUCGCGCCUUCGCUGCAAGCGAUUAGCAGCAAUAGCCGCGUCCGCUGUCGAAGCCUCAGCCGUCCUCGGCGUCUGGCGGAGGCAUCAGCGGCGUUGUGCACCCCUGGUGUGCAUCUACCACAGCCGCGGCCAAGCGCACGGCCACGGCCUAGGUCGUGGACACGCCAGCGCCGCCGCCGCAGUUCGGCGACAAGGCCGACACGCCGCAGGCUCUGGAGAUCGUGGUUCGUCCCGCGGUGGACAGCGUGGAGGCCGCGCUGGAUCGCAUCAAGAUGAACAUGAACCUCAAGUUUGCGGACUGGGGGCUGCCCUGCCCCAUCACAGGACAGCCGGGCGCAGUGGCGCACGCGGCGGCGGCGGCGGCGGGCGGCCAGCAUGCGGCCAGCGGCAGCUUGUGAGCGCAGCGGUGUUGGGCGUGCGGUAUGUGUGGAGUGCUGAGAAUGAGGGGGCGGAGCAGGAUAGCGUGAGUAGGCCCGUGUACAAGAGCCGCCCAGGGCAGGAGUCUCCCGUCGGCGCGGAGAAUUGCAAGCAGCAGUGGGCGCAACAAAUAAAGAGAGGAUGGCUACGUGGCAACGCGAUGGCGCCGGCAGAUAGACCUCUGGAGGCAGCUGCUAUGGGCCCUUUGGCACCCAAACAGCGUGGUACGCGUAUCAGGGACUGCUGAGCUAGCAGGGCCACGUUUGGUGUGCCGUGUGGGACUGAUAAGGGUUGCAAGCAAGUGUGCGAGGAGUAUAGGUACGUACGCAUUUGGCGCUACCCGUGGCGGUGAUUGCUUCUGGUGUAUGCCUGUUCGUGUCGCACUGUCGCGGUGACUGAACCCGAUGUAGGGCGGGGGCUGAGCACAUCAGGCUAGACUCCGUUAGAAGCUGGCGGAGGGGAGUAUGCAGCAGCAGGCGCAAGCUGGCACUGAAUGGCGUGCGUGAGCAGCUCGGGGGAGUCAAGAAAGCUAGCUGGCUUUCGCUGGCAUCCAUCCCGCUGACGUUUCCAGUGAGGCAGAAGGCGCGUGGGCGUAAACGUGUAACAGAAUGCUGAGUGAGCGAAGGCGCUG